AUGGACGCCGAAAGCAAGGUAGCUCAUGAGAAGCACGACGCUGGAUCGCAGGAUCCAGUGGCGCCACCAUCCUAUACGGCGGCGAUCAAUCAGGCCCAUCCUGAACUCUAUCGGGAAGCUUUGGAACGAUACCCGACCGACGAUAGCAUUGAUCCGCAGGAGUCCAAGAAGCUUGCUAGAAAGCUCGAUUGGCGCAUCAUCCCCUUGUUGACCGUCUGCUAUUUCUUCUACUUUCUCGACAAGACCACUCUCUCUUACGCCGCUCUUUUCGGAAUCGACAAAAGCCUCCAGCUAAAAAAGACAGAGUACUCAUGGCUGUCUAGUUCCUUUUACUUUGGUUGGCUGUUUUGGACCAUCCCAUCGAACCUACUCAUGCAGCGCAGCCCUGUUGCGUACUACCUGGCGUUCAACAUCUUCCUCUGGGGGGUUUUCCUCAUGGCACAAGCUGCUGUGCAUGACUUUUCCUCGCUUAUCGUCUUGCGAGUUAUUUCUGGUGCGUUCGAGUCCAUCGCCGACCCAGCCUUCAUGCUCAUUACGUCCAUGUACUAUACACGAGAGGAGCAGCCGUCAAGAAUCUCCGCUUGGUAUACUGGCAACGGCUGGGCUGUUGCAGCGGGUGGUCUCAUUGGCUACGGUAUCGGCCAAAUUAAGGGCGCUCUCGAACCGUGGAAAUACGAAUUCGUUAUUGUUGGCGCUUGCUGCUCGUUCUUCGCCUUCGUUCUCGCUUUCAUCCUGCCCAACUCACCAGCAACAAUUUGGGGCUUUACCCAUGAAGAAAAGCUCCUCAUGAUCGCGCGCGUACGAGGUAACCAAACUGGUGUCGAACAACGCAAAAUCAAGUGGAGACAGGUCCGUGAAGCGUUUCUUGACCAGAACACUUGGUUGUACUUCCUUGUGGGUGUAAUUGGUAACGUCCCCAAUGGUGGCCUGUCGAACUUCUCAACACUGGUCAUUAGAGGACUUGGAUUCAAUACCAAGCAAACAGCCCUGCUAGGCAUACCACAAGGUGUUAUUAUUGGACUUUGGAUCGUCCUGGGCGCAGUGGUCAACAACCACAUGCCUAAGAACAGCAGAAUGCUUGUCUGUAUCAUGUUCAUGGCACCUUGCAUUGCUGGAGGGUUUGGUUUCCUUCUGGCUCCCCAAACUGCCUAUGUUGGGCGAUUGAUCUGCUUCUACCUGUUGAACUCGUACCAAGCCACCGCCGUGUUGGCCAUUUCCACCAUUACCUCAAACACAGCUGGCCAGUCCAAGAAGAUGGUCGUCUCGGGUAUGCUCUUUUUCGGAGGAUGCAUUGGCAAUAUUGCCGGCCCCUUCUUCUACAAGACGGAGCAGGCUCCCUCAUAUCCCCUAGGUAUUGGCUCACUCUUGGGUAGCUACUUCAUCUCAACUCUUCUGUUUGUGGCUAUCCGCUACUCGUUCAUCUGGGAGAACAAGAAGAAGGAGCAGCAACGAGCCAGGCUACGAGAGCAGGGUGAUGAUCGACUGGGCAAGGACAACGCAACUGCGUUUACCGACAUGACGGACAGGGAGAAUCCCAAUUUCGUUUACGUGUACUAGAUAUAGCGUCAUAAUUGCACGUGUAGUACUUGAGAAAUAACUUCAUAGCCCCCUUUCUUAAGAAUAAAAAUAUUAGAAUCGGCAGUGUAGGGUUCGGCACUACGCUGAUGCUGCUAUAGCAUGCGCUGCAACGAUUCACGGAUCAGAUAUGCAAUUGAAGUGGGAAGGCAACUGUACCAACUCACAAAAGCAACGCCGAACUAUCUCCGCAAAGCGGCUAAGUUCUGAGGCUGCAGAAGUGCGGCUCGGAAGAAAGACAUGCGAGGCUAAUAGUUUGUUUGCUUACGGCGUCAAAUCAUGCACCGAUGGAGGUGCGCCAUACGCCA